AGCAAUACACUUUUCCAUAAGUUUUGCCGGUUGAACCUGGACCACAAAUACACUAUACACAACGACAAGAUUGCCAAGUGGUUCGGUAUACAAACACUUAAAUCGGCUCGGCUGUUUGAUAUUGAUGACUUCAACCUUCAGUGGAAGAACCAGUUUCCCAAUUUCUACAACGUCCCUUUGGAUGUGAAGAUGCUCCGAGGCCAUUUGUACAAAACAGCUGGUUCUUCACGAAUUUCGUAUCUUUCAGAGUCCUCCCUUCUGUCGGAUAUUGUCCAACGUAUUAGGGAGCUAUUUAAGUUGGCAUCAGAGUGGGAAAUCGAUGAUAUAGCCCCUUACGUGCAGAAGUUUAUGAUCAACAAGAAGCUCGAAACCGGCCUACUAAAGUAUGCCAAAGUGCGAAAAGUCGGAAAAUCCAAAAUUGUUUGUCCAAGAUGAACGAUUUUGGACUUUCAUUAAUUGUACGUGAAAUUGGCUUAAGUGGCACUGCUGAAACUAGUAUGGUCCAACUACUUGGUGUGAAAUAUACUAACAAUUUCAAAGAGUGGUGCAUGUGCAGGAAUAUCAACAGACCUUGUGUUUUUUCCAAUUGACACUCUCAAGACAAGACUUCAAGCAAAAGGGGGAUUCUUCAGUAACGGAGGAUGGAGUGGAAUCUAUAAAGGGCUAGGUCUGUGUGUUGUCGGAUCUGCUCCACUGGCCGCUCUUUUCUUCAUCACCUAUGACUCCAUGAAACGUUAUACUGAAAAUAUUGGAUCCAAACCCGCCAGUCAUAUGAUCAGCGCGUCUCUUGGAGAGAUUAUGGCCUGUACAGUACGAGUCCCAGUUGAGGUUAUUAAGCAGCGGACGCAGGUGGAUAUCUUGGGUUCAAACUCCUCGUCAUUGACAAAUUUAAAGUAUAUACUUGCGAAUAAGUCGGGAGAAGGAAUUCUUCGUAGUCUUUAUCGUGGAUGGAAUCUGACAAUCAUGAGAGAAAUCCCAUUUACCUUGAUCCAGUUUCCCUUAUAUGAAUACUUAAAGCUGGUAGCUCCAAUUGAAGAGAAGCAAUCUUUAGCAGCUGGAGCUGUUUGUGGAUCCAUUGCAGGAGGUGUUGCAGCCGCAAUGACCACGCCGUUGGAUGUUAUCAAAACCAGAAUCAUGUUGAGUGAAAAACGCACAAGCACGAGGCUAUUGGUACGUGGAAUCAUUGAAGAAGAAGGUUAUAGAGCGUUCUUAAGAGGAAUUGGGCCUCGCACGUGCUGGAUUAGUGCUGGAGGUGCCAUCUUCUUAGGAUGCUACGAACUUGUGCAUAGUCGCUUGUCCUCUUUGGGAAAUACAAAGCUCGCAUAGUGUGGAUUCUUUUACUCAAUGGUGUAUAUAUUCCACGGCUGGUUGCUUUCUGGUUAACCUAAUAAUGUCCUCUACGUCUUUAAACAUUAUAGACCUAAAUCACAUUUUGCAUUUUGUGACAUCGGUAGAAAUGUAUGAAUAUUACAUUUCAUAACCACUAAAUGUCAAAUCCAUAACUAUGUCAAAUUUAUAACUAUGUCAAAUCUACUGCU